AAUAUUCGUGAGUUCAAAUCUGUUUAGCUAACUGGUAAAUACGUUUGCUAUUAGAUAUCAAAAAUAUUUCACGAUUAUUUCCAUCUAUGAAUACCACCCUUGGAGCUUGACUUAAAAUCUUGUUCACCAACUCGGUGAAUAAUUUGAUAACAAAAAGAAAAGAAGAAAAGUAUUGCAUUGAAGUAUGGCAGCAUAAACGACGUAUCAAUAGUAGUUCUAGUAUAGUAACAUCGAUAUAUUGUGCAACAUAUAUUCAUUAUGUUUUCCGUGUAAUGUUAGCAGUCUAAAAGAAAGAGUAUUACCUCAAACCAUAAAAUCAAAUUAAACUUGUCAAUGUCGACUCGAUAGCAGUGUUCGGCGGUGUGUGAUCGUUUAUUUCCAAAUUAUCAUCAAAGACGAUGAUAAUUUGCAUAUUGAUGCAAAAAUUCCGUAAUUCGAGUAAAGUCGCGAGUAAAGACCAUUUUUAUUUGGUAAUCAUGCCGAAUUGAUUUUAUUAGCUGAUCGAAGAUUCGAUUGCAUUUCGCCCGACUCUGCUCUGCGACAGUCGUCUCAGUCUCACGUUCUCUUGCAUUAAAUCGCGUUCCUGCUCGAGACAACUAUAAAUAAAGAAAAAGCACACAAUGCCGAACGAGAGAGUAUCGGCCUCCCGCCUGUUUGUACCAUUUGUCCUCAUACAACUAACUCCAAUGGAAUAGUUCCUCUGAGCUGACCGUGGUAAAAAGCACGGGGUGUGAUGAUCAGCAGCUGUGUGACAAUGAUGAUGAUGAUGAUGAUGUCAAUCGCAUGCGAUAUGAUAUAACUAAAAGCGAUACAGUACCGUAUUGUCGAUUAAUCCCAUACCCGUAGGGUUACGUGGUUAAAUCCGGAUAUAGGCGUUGUCUUUCCUCGGGGGAGGGGUGUUGGUUGGUUCAGAUUCACACGUACACUUGUCUUACAUAUAUGUACGAAUGUAUAAUAAAACUUUAAUCACAACACACCUACAGGUUGAAACGUGCAAUCGGGAGCCGGUCGUAAGAUUCAGACAGUACGGGACCUCACGUUCGCAACAGGAGCAGGACCCCACCAAUCUGUACAUCGCCAAUCUGCCGCUGAACUUCAAAGAGAACGACGUCGAGGCAUUACUCGCUCAAUACGGACAAGUUAUCUCUACCCGUAUCCUGCGCGACACUUCUGGCCAGAGCAAAGGAGUUGGAUUCGCAAGAAUGGAAUCAAAGGAGAAGUGUGAACAAAUCAUCCAAAUGUUUAAUGGAAAAGUCCUAACAGGCGCAAAGGAUUCAUUAUUAGUUAAGUUUGCUGAUGGUGGAAACAAAAAGAAAUCGUUGUUUAAAAGUACAAUAUGGAGAGAAACCGGAGAGAAUAUGACAUUGAACUACGACACGAGCGGCGUUGGUCAGAAUGGCGUUGCUACGACUCAUAUGCUUCCAGCGACGGCUUUGACACAGUACAGUCGUCACUACAGUCAGGCAUUGCCUGGUUACAGUGUGCCAGGCACUCCCUGGGUGGCUCCUUACCUCGUGCACCCUUCCCCGCCACAUAUGCAACAGGUUGACAUGAUACCGUCGGCUGAUCCUAGUAAUCCGCAGUACAGUAUGAUUCCUCAGCUUACCACGCAAAUGUCUACCUUGCAUCUCGGCACUGGUUCCUACAUAGCGAGCCCGCAUCCCUAUCCUUACACUACUUAUCCCGCCCCUAGCAUUAUUCACACCAUGCCACUGGGCGAGUCGGAGCAAACGAGUAACGCAGCAUCCCCCGACGAUUCCUACCAGCAGUACCAGGCUCAACAGCCUAAGUAGGCCACGGUUUAUAAUAGAUGUACGAUCGCGCUAAGGGUUACAUGAAUUAGGAAAGGAUUACUGAUUGACAUAUGAAGAUAUGCGUAGAAUGAAGAAGAGCAACAGAUACGAGAGCGGAUUACACUAAGAAUAGAUUUGAAAAAAAAAAAAACUACAUUACGUAACGAAUAAGAUUCUUCCUCACGAUAAAUUGACUUGCCAGCGUUUUUAUACGUUUUAUCCAACAGUAAAUAGAGGAAAGUAGAUGAUAUUUUGCAACGAGUAGGCAGAGUGAAUGUUGAGAGAAUGCGUAAGAGUGAGAGAGAACGAACGAGCGAGCGAGAGGGAGUGAGAGAGAGAGAAAGAGAGAAUAUAAUUGAAGGAAGUACAGGAAGACGAGUACGAGAGCGAUCACGUGUCAUCCGCGUGGAAUGGCACGUGCUUCCAUACUAGUAUGGCUCCGUUAAAGCUACGUGAUGUACAACACGUACACUUUCAUGUACACACAUACAUACACUAAGAGAAAGAGAGACAUCAUACACGACAGUAACUAAAAAAACCAAGUUAUUUACGAAGAACAGUUUAGUGUCAAGCUAAUAGGCUUCCAUGAUGUAACUUUAGGUAUUAUGUUUACUACGGACAGAUGACAGAAGCUAAUCGAAGCUAAUCUCGAGAGCUCGACAGUAUGGAUAAGUAUUUUAAUGAGUGAGUGAAAGAGGAAGAAUGUGUGUGUGAAUGUGUUAACUAUAAAGAACGAGAAAAGGAGAAGAAAAAGUAAUACUGCUCAGAAAUAUACAAAGGAGAAUUCUUCCCGAGAAAAUAAUAGUAAAUAAUAAUAAUAUACAGCAAGAAUGAGAAAAAGAGAGAGAGAGAGAGAGAGAGAAAGAGAGAGAAUGUGUGUGAAAGAGAAGAGAGGAUGCACUACUUCCAGGACGAUGUAAUGUUAGGCCUGUUCGUCGUUUUAGCUGAACUUGUUGCACAGUUCAGUUAAAACGAACAGGCCUUUUGAGAAGAAAUUCAAAGAUUCAUAAUUACGACUAAAAGGAGGAGGUGUUUGUUCGCGAAACUCGCGAAGAUACUUGUCUGCGGUUGAGAGUACGUGCACGUGAACACAAUUCAUCUUCCGCGAUAGCGCACUUCACCUCAUCCGUUCUCUCGCGUACAGGUUACAUAAAAUACACAAAACAGAUAUUUACCACCGCACCCUCAUCAAAGUUCACGUAUCUUUUCGAGUUCUUUUUUCAUUUUCUGCUUUUACAUUCAGAAACAUUCCACACCGAGUAUAUGCGCGCAUCGCUACGCGGAGGUAUUUUUUAAUCGGGAAUACAUCAAUUUUUCUAGCGGCACCACGCAUCUCUAUCGCGUUGCGUUUCCUUGUUUUUUUUUACGACAAUGAGCUUUUAUUAUAGAUUAAAUUUCAGAGACAAACUAGGAGAAGAUAAAUACGACGGUAAAAUUUGUUUCUAAAACGGGCAAGGGGAGGAAUGCAAUUUUCAGGAUCUACGUACAAUUAUUGUACGAAAGACGGAAAAAAGAUGGAACAGUACUUUUUAGAGUGUUAUAUUUAUGAUGAUUGCGAGUUAAAUACGGAUCGAUAUCAAUUUUUAAUUGUACAGUGAAUACAAAUAUUUUUUUUAGAAUUGUGCCUUUUCACACAGAUCCGUUAAAUGAAAGAAAGGGAGCGAGAAAGAAAGAGAGAGAAAGAGAAAGAUAUAUAUAUGCAGGAGAAAAUUGUUAUAAUAUAUUUUUACGCAUCGUUAAAUUCAGAUGUGGAGUCAAAUCUUAAUUUUCUAAUUAAUAUAUCUGUAAUUGUUUUUGUGUUAAAUAUCUCUAUACAUUUGUUUUCGUUGUCAAUUUGAUAGAUUUUGUACGCGUGAUUACAUGCAUUAUCGAAUUGGAAUUGUCGGACUGUAUGAGAGAAAAUGAAAUAGACAUCCACACACAGCACAGAGACAGUCCGUAAUAAUAAAAAGAAAAAAAGAAAAAAUCUAGGAAAAUCAAAUCGCGACAAGUCGAGAAACGGAACGCGAGAUAAUGAGAGAGCGAGAGAGAGAAAGAGAGAGAGAGAGAGAGUGAGUGAGUGAGUGAUUGAAAAUGUGUCUGAAAGAGAGAUUAAAAAAAAAAAUGAAGAAAAGUAGGUUUGUUACAUGAUGAGAAACUAGAAUGUAAAUUAAUUUAUUUUAUCGAAGGAACGCGUUAUAUAUAUACUGUCGAGAAAGAAUAAACGAAAGGUAAAAACGCAAAGAUGCAUCGAUCUACACCGUACACAUGUAUACGUAUACACGCCUAUACAGAUACACGCGCGUACAGACAGAUCGAGGGGAGAGUAAUCGAGACGACACUCUGUCAUCUUUCGAGAUGUCGAAAUUGAUGGCUGUAAAUAAAAUAAGUAUUCGUCUGAAUGAUCAAACGGAAAAUUCGAUCGAGGAAGAUUGAACUUCCUGAGCGUCUUUGCGACCGCGCGGAUAAUUGUAUUUACCGAGAUGAGUAUAUUUUCUCAAGAAUUUGGAAAUUUGCAAAAGUAAACGCUUAUAUUACUUGAAUUCAUUAAAAUACCUUCGUGUUGAGCCCCGUUUGAGUCUUGAUUAUUCUUCACGUUAUAACCUGCGCCCAAUGAGAUCUCCAUCUCUUCCCCUUCUUCUGGAUGUCUUCUCCCAUAUCUACCACCAUCACCAUUACUAUCAUCAUCAUCAUCAUCAUUGCCAUUAUCGUCAUUAUUCGUACAUCCGGCGAAGUUUCGCGUUGUCCGACUUAGGAUUGAUAGUUGAGAAUCGAGUGAAGAAGCGAUAGAGAGGGAGAGAGUGUAAGGAAGCUUUUUACCAAAAAUACGCGAGAAUUGCAGACUACUCGCGCGACAUACGAGAAACUGAUAAAGGUGAAGAAGGCGAGCGGGUAAUUAGAUGGAGUUUUAGCGAAGAGAGAGAGAGAGAUGAGUCGCGUAGUUAUUAUUAUAAUAUUACAAUAAUGAUGCUGUAUUAUUAUAAUUAACGAUUUACUAUUAUUGACGUCAUCUAAACGUAUGAAAGAUUUUUACACUGUUGAGACUUGAAGUAAAUAAUAUAUUUAGUUUAUUUUGGUACAUCACGAUGACGAGAGAGUGAGAGUGAGAAAUAGAGAGAACGAGAGAGAUAAAUUGACGAAAAAAAAGCCGAAGGCGAGGAAGUAGAAAGGCGGAAUACGCUAUUUUUUAAGAGACAGACUUUAUUACUCGAUUUGAGUCCACGCAUUAAAGUAAAAAGUAAAAAAAAAAGAAUGCGGAGGGUAAGUGUGAAAGGGAGAGUGACUGAGUGCGAAAGAGAUUGUGUACGAAAGAGAGCGAGAGAGAGAAAAGUGAGUGAAAGAUGGAAAGUGCUGAGAGGAAAGUGCGAAAAAGAGAGAGAGAGAGAGGAGCACUUAUUAGCGAGUGCAUAUUGUGUAUUUGUUACACAAGGCGAGAUUGUCACCACUUGACUGACAAAAAAAUCCACAUGUGAUUUUAAUAGUAAAUUUUGAGAAUUUUACUAAAUAGAGACUUGUAUACACUAAAAAAAAAGUAACUAAAGUAAUUAUCGUGACUGACCAAACGAAGAAAAGGAAAGAGGGAGAAAAGCGAGUAUAACAGAGCAGCAGUAAUAGUUGCGCCGAUUGGUUCAGGGGAUGAAGAAGGGAAAGAAGGGGAUGAGAACGGCGGACACAAUCUGUUGCGUGUCUAGCAUCUCCGGAUGCGGGCAAAGAGAUUCCACGAGAGUAAAUCCGGAAAAAAAGGGUAGCCGGAACAGAAAGAGAGAUAGAAUGAAAAGGAGAGAAAGAGCGAUCGCGAGCGAGAGUAUAGUUAUUAUGUACAGAGAACGCGCAGAGACGCGUCUUUUUUUUCUUGCGGCGACAUGUUUUUCGCAUAGGUAGAGUUGAACUUGAUGAUUAAAAAAAAAAAACCGUAGACUAAGCGACGAGUGAGCGAGCACUCGCUCGGAUUAGGAGAUAAUAGGAAAGGGGCGAUCUUUUAUCGGAUUAAGAAGCGGCUAAGUUUAUAAAUAGACGUAGAUAGGUAGAACAAUAGUUUAGUUACAUAGUAGUUAGGAUACGAAUAUGCCUCUCAUCCUCCGUGUCCCCUAUCCUCCCUCUGUGUGUUGUCGCGGGCACGGGGGGCACGGGCGUGGGGCACCGUUCAGCCUAUGCACCUCGCACCCGUCAAGACUGACUGGCUAUUCAUAUAUUGAUAAAUAUAUAUACAUGUAUAUAUAUGUAUAUAUAUGUAUAUACAUAUAUAUAUAUGUAUAUAUACAUAUAUAUGAACUAUUUGUAUAAUUGUAUAAAUAGUAAGGAACUAUUUGCUUGCUGCGCACCGCGGGUCGGGUGCGUGGGCUGGCCGGAUGUGGGCUCUUGCACUCGAUAGGGUGCGGGGACUCGUGGGAUUUCCGCGGCAGGAGUUGCCCCCCCAUCCGAGGACCGGAAGCGCACGGAAACGAUUCCUCCCGACUCUAGUCGCUCGGAGGGGUGCCCCCACGUUGGAUCACGUGGACGUCAGACGCGAAAAAUCAUACGAAUUUUUUUUCCUAUGCGAUUCUUUGCCUCUAACGCGAACCCUCCCCCUCGCCGCGGAAGCUCUCGGGCUUCCGCAGCCCGACCGCCAACAAGUUUCGGGCAGGAAAACGGUUCUUGCCGUUGCGGACAAUGCUGCUUUCCGUAAAGCUUUUCUCUAGAGUUUUUCGCGUAGACACUCUUUAGAUUAGGCGUACCAUAGUUGAUAGGCUGAUUGUAGAAAAGGAGACGAGAGGGAGCGAGAAACUGAUUGAGCGAGAAGCGAGACGAAAAAAUAUAGGAUGUUUUUAAGAGUAAAAUAACAUUAGUCGAAAUCGGCUUAAGAGAGUGAAAGGAAAUACGUGUACUUGCGCGUGUGUGCGUGUGAGAUAGAAAGAAAGAGAGAGUGAAUUAGCGAUAAAGCGAGGUCCGAAGUGAGACUAGAUCAUCGUCUUGUACUUCGGCUUGUACAGUCCUUAGCUUUCCAAGUUUUUAAGUCAUUGUUUUACACGUGUUUGUUAAGCGACUUAGCUGUAAUUAUUCGAGACAUCUUGGGUUUCUUCCUCCACACAUCCUUCUCUUCCUCCCCGAUGUAUCUCCGUGCCUCCCCCCCCCCCCCCCCCCCUCCUUUCUUUUUUGCAUUUGUACUCCGCUCGUCCUUCGUGUUCGACGGCGAACGAACCGACGAAGGGAGCGGAAUUUGUAAUGUAAUUCUACGACGGAAGACGAGAGACACGUACCCCGGGCGUACCGCUUGUCUUUUCAAGAUCACGAGAGAGAUAGAGAAAAGAACAGACGGUAAAAGGGGGAACGAUGUCGUCGGACGUUGAGGUCUCUUUUUAAAUCCGCGCGCGAGGAUCAAUUUGUAGAAUUUCGAGAGUACUUUUAAGGCAAGAGGCGAAAAGAAAGCGUUUAGCAUGUAAUGUGAAGAAAAAAAAAUCUUUAGACGUUAAGGCAAGUUGUGUCAUAGUUAGUUAAGAGAUCUAGGGAGACUCUUAGGAAGUCGAAUAGGUGCUGUAAUAAAACAAAGUUUAACACAAGAAACAAGUCAGAAUUAGAUUUUUCAUGAAUAAAGUAAAUUAAAAAAUUAAAAAAAAAAAAAAAAGAAAAAAACCCGAGGAUAAACGUAAAGAAAAAAAAAAGAACGCAACACACGCGACGUCGACGACACAAGGGGCAUAAGCCACUAAAAAGUGCCCUUAGUUUAUUUUGGAUCGUUUAAAAAAACGCUAGUCUUUGUGUGUGAGAGAGAGCGAGAGAGAACGAGAGAAAGAUAGUAAUAUGGGGAUUUUUUUAGAUAGGGUCUUCGGAGAAUAAACAAGCAAACAAAUGAAAAAAAAAAGAAAAAAAAGGGAAAAAGGAUUUAAAAAACAAUCGUGCGACGAGAGAAAGAGAGAGAGAGAGAGAGAGAGAGGGGCCGACGAGAGUGUACGAACGAGAGGAAGAGAGUGUGCGCAUGUGUGUACGUAGGUGUGUGCGUAACUUCGAAGAAGAAAAGAAGAUAACGCGUACUGUCGAAGAACCGUCAUCUGCCUAUUUUACACACAGCACACGCUUAUAAGGAACACAUACAUACAUACACACACACACACAUACACACCGCCACACACUUGUACAGAAAGAAAAAGAGGGAAAAAAUGUGCGUGCGCUAUUGCGGAGAGGAUGCACGUUCUCCGCUGCUCCUGUAUUAUUACCGCGUAACACCCUAUGUGUGUCUCUACUAUAGGGGCGUGCACUUGAAUCGGUGGUCUUUUUAGAGUUACUUACGAGUAAUGAAGAAACGGUUUGGUAAAUAAUAAAAUAAUUCGCGAUGCGCGGGAAAAGCGAAUUCCCGGAUUCGUCACGAUUAUCAUCCCUUAUUUUUGAUCAAUAAACGAUCUGUUUUUGGGGA